GCGCAGUGAUGGGCAAAAAAAAAAGAGGAGAAUAUAACAACGGGGAAACACAGCCCCAGCAUGCGAAUGUGCCGAUAAGCAAAGAAUAGAGGAGGAACAUUUCGGGCGUACACCUCCGCCGAUGCAAACGAUGAGCUAACAUGCCAAGGGGGAAGCGGCAACGAAGCAGAAGUGACGUUAAAGCGAUCACCAGCAGGGGCGCAGCGGCAUGUAUAUAUACGCAUAUACAUUUAUACCUGCACAGGGAAGGCACAAAAAAGGACGAAUCGUCCUUUAGGAAUAUCCCCCCUGAAGGAAGGCUCACCCCUCUCCCCCCCCCUGUAGAACAAAUGGAGGCAAUUAAAACAUUCUUUCCGCUGGCAGUCGGCUCAUACGGACUGACACUCAGUUCGUACCUGCUCUACCAAAACAAGAGAAAAGAAAAUUGGAAACAAAUCGAUGGCUACGUUGAUAAUGUCACCCUAAAAUACACGAGGAACAUCUUCCAAGGGACAUUCCACCUGAACAUAAAAUAUUUUUUUUACAUAAAUAAAAAAAAAAUUGAAGACAGUAAGGAGUAUAAAAUUUGCGUCCAUCUUUUUAGCAGUCAGGAGGGGGAACAAGUGAAGACGAAUGAAUACACACGAAAUAUUUUUGACCAAGUCAGCAAAGAAAAAAAUAUUAAAAUUUGCUACAACCCCGAGGAUGCAGAGCAGUCCGAGCCGUUGAUAUACAUUUCCGAAAAUGACAUCAUCGCGGGGGAGAAGUUGCUCAAUAGGCUGAAGAAUAAACUUGUUCGCAUGAAGGCGGGAGCGGCCGGAAGGAGCGAUGAGAGAGAGGAAGAUUUGGGUGAGUCGUCCGCCCCUUCCCCCACUAAUAAAACAGCCAAAACGAAGGGAAGCAACUCAUCAGCCGUAGCGGCGCCCCCCUUCGAUGCAGCAACGGACGAUGAGGAGGAGCCAAAUGGACACUCACCACCUUCACAGUUCGCCAAAAAAAAGAUAAGCGCUUAUGACAUAAAUAAUUUAUUCCCAGGGUAUAUGUUCUCCUGUAGCCUCUUCCUAUUUUUGUCUUUUUUUUUGAAGAAGAGGAUUCGCUUUGUUAGACGGGAAAUAAUGGCACAAAAAAAAAAUUGGAUGCCAAAGGGGUGA